AUGACUAUUACUAGAGAGUUCCCCGCCGCCCAGCAAAAUCAAGAUAUGAACCAGAAUCGGCGGUUUCCCUUCACCAAGGUCUGGAUCGACCUCAUCACUCUUCUCCAGGAUAAAGUUACAAUGAAACGACGAUACAUCGUGCGCACUGCCGCAGAAUCCGUAUUCACAGGAGCGAACGCCGUCGAUGUUCUGCUGCGUCAUGUGCGAACGAACCCAGAACUCUUCCCCAACCAGAACUUCGGCCGCAGUAACUGCGUUCGACUGUGCCAGCGAUUUCUUGACCUGCGCGUCUUCCUACCAGCAAAUGCCAAAGAAGCCAGCCAACUCAAGAUCAACUUUGCAGACUCCAAAUUUGCGUUCUAUCGCUUCAACGAAAAUAACGACUUCAUUGGUGCGCCGAAAGUCACGCGAUGCAUGAAACGUUGUAAUUCGGAAACUGACCUCAACAUCGUUAACCCCAAACAAGCAAAGGUCACUUCGGGCUCGAACCUGAUGAAACUGGUGCCCAAGAACCUUCGACGAUCCAUGCGAAGACGAUCUUCUUCUAAGCCAGCCGGAGAAUUAGACGCCAUUGACGAACACUCCGUCCCAGCUGCUUCUGAACUUGAGACGACACUUCCUGUCAUCAACGAGGGAUCCAGAGUUGCAGACACACCUACUCGAAAGCGCCGCCUCUCUCGAUCAAAUGCCUUCAAACUUCGCAGCUCUAGAAAAUCCUCCACUAGCUUGACUGCCUUCGAAUCAAUGGAAGACUUGAGCAGCGUCGGUACCACCCCAAAGAGCGUUCGCAGACGAAGUUUCGCGAUGAUGGUCUCAAGACGUAGCUCCCUCGAAGCUCGCAAGAAGGUCAAGUCGGUGGCUAACUUCAAUCUUUCCUUAUCUAUUGCGCUCUAA